GAGACAUUGAAGCUUUUAUGUUUAUUUGGGUAUAACACUGACUGUGUUGUCAGAGUGAAAUAACCAUAACAUAUGUCUGUUUAGAGUCUUUUACACAAGCUUUUGAGUGGCGAUUUUUUAGCCUGUAAAACCGCGUUUUUAAACGAAACAAAUUCAUUCUGUACAACGCACUAAAUGUAACGUUAUAUGAUCUAUUUCAGCUUUUAAAUAUGAUUGUUGUGCACUUUGUUGAAUAGGAGGCAGCCAUGUUGUAACGUCUACAACGCGAACUCGGAUUGGUCAGACCGGGACUAAGAACCAAUCAGAUGACAGUAUUAAUGCUAGGUAAUCGUGUAACCUGCGACUCAAAGUAAAUACGUGCAUUAGGAGAGAAUAUAUAAACAGAUAUUUAACUUAUAGUGAUGAGCCGUAUUACCUCUCUGUUGCGAAGAACAUUUGGAGUGGUAAAAGAGCAUGUCGGCACAGAUCAUUUUGGAAAUAUAUAUUACAACAUACCCGAGCAGAAGUCAUGGACUGGACGGGUCAUCCGGCCCAGACGCCUAGUAGAAGCAGCCAAUCCAAAAGAGUUUGAGUACAUGGAAGGAAACAUUCCUUCUGAAUGGGAUGCUUGGCUCAGAGGCAGGCGGAAGCAGCCACCUACAAUAGAGGAGUUGCUACAAAACAAACGUUACAGGGAGCAGAUCAAAAUCAGGGCUAUAGAGGCAGAGGAGAAGGAUAAAGCCCUGCAGGCCAAAGAGUAUGAGGAAGGUUUGGUGGCCCAACCUGUUCAGACUCAGGUCAAAGGUCAUGCUUCUGCCACACAGUUUGGACAGACUGAAAUCAGUGAGGACCCUGUAAGCACUGCCAACACAUUCCAGCCUGGGUCCUGGACACCUCCAGCAAGCAAAAAAUAGGUUUAUUUGAAACUUCCUGUGCUGUCUUCAAGUAAAUUUGCAAUUUAAGUGAAAUAGUAGUACUGCUGAAUUUAACUGCAUCUCAGAACGUGUUGAUAUAUAUUCAGUACUGGUUUUCUGGAGACAAUUGAAAAACACUGCAUGUAAUGAAUGGAUAGCUUGCUAUUAUUUUUCAAGUUUAAAAUAAUAUUUUACCCAGAAAUUAAAAAAUUCUGAAAAUGUACACACCCUCAGGCCAUCCAAGUUGGAGUUCUUCAUCCAAACAGCUGAUGAAAACAUGACAAUACAACAUCGCAAAAGUCUUGUGAAUUGAAAAGCUCAGCAUUAAGAUGUUUUUUUUUUUUAAAUUACGAGUCCUCUAUCCAUAAUAUUGCCUUCUCCUUGUCAAAAUCAGGAGCCAAAGCAGUUCUGAACAUGUAUGUCAGUCGAUUUUGAUGUGAGAGGAUGACGGGAUGGCCUUUAGGAAGCAUUAUUAUUGAUUCUAGACCUUAAAGUAAAAAACUUCAGUUAAAAUGAUGGAUAUUAACUUACAAACAUGCAGCUUUUCACUUCACAAGACAUUAAGUGAUGGAAUUAAUGUAUUAAUAAUUAAUAAAUUAUGUGUAUUAUUAUUUAGUUUUUCCUCUCAUUCUCAUGGAAACUAUCACUGUAGACGAUCAACUGGAUAGUAAUAUAAUGUAAUGCUAAAUUUCUCCAAAUCUGUUCCGAUGAAGAAACAAACUCAUCUUAGUUGGCCUGAGGGUUAGUAAAUUUUCAUGUAUGGAUGAACCAUUCCUUUAACAUCACUGAAAUGGAUUGUAAAAUGAUGUAAAGAAAAAAAGAUAUGCUGCUAAGUUUCUGAGAGCUCUGCUUCAGGAUUGUUUCAAAAUCAAUUCACCAAAUUUUGUAGGACAUUUUAUGCAUUCGGUAUAAUCGAAAUUAUAUUUCAGAUGUGCUAAUAGCUGUCUUACCAUAUUGAAAAUUAUUAAUGUCAGUAGAGACUAAUUUAAAAUUAUUUCUGUCUAUUUCCUUUUGCUCUUUAUUUAGAAAGUGUGUGAAUAAAAGUUGCAGCUGCA